AGGAGUAACCGGUUUCGGUGAAGGAAGGAAGGGAGGGAGCGAGCGAGCGAUAGAGGGAGGGAAAGGGAGAGAGGAGACAAUACGAGCGAGUGCGCGGCUCAGUGUGUGAGACGGGGACCGAAUCAGACAGGCUGCCGUUCCGCAGGCUGUCAGGAGCGCACCGGGGAGCGGGUCGCUCGGAGCGCCGCACGGAUCCAUACUCUCAGGCAGGGUGGUAUCAGGCAGCUCCAGGUGAGGGCGGAUCUCCUUGAACUUGCACGGGAUUUCUUCUUGGACACACGCACUUUUGAUGGAUCGCUGUUGAACGUUUUGGAACUUCAGCCCCCGGUGGCUGGCCGUAGUAUGAGCGGUGCAGUUUCGAUUUGAGAGGUUUUUCGAUCGAGCAGAUCCAGCUGUACUGUUACGGUAACAGCUGUGCGUUACUUCCGUCAUCCAUCCAGCUGCCAGAGGGGAGAAGAUGAUGGGAUUUCUGCGGCGGACCUUCUCCAGGCGCUCCAUGAGGCGCUUCCAGACACCGGACGAGGCGGACGGCGCGGUGCGGCGCGGAGGCGGGGGUCCGAUCCCGGCGCUGCAGGCGCACCAGCAGCAGGUCGUCCACGCUCCAGCCGUGGUCACCGGGGGGGCCGUGGUGCACAUUCCUGCUGCGGGGAACAACAAGUCCGUCAUGACCUGCAGGGUCCUGCUUCUGGACGGGUCGGACGUCAACGUGGAUCUACCGAAAAAAGCGAAAGGCCAGGACCUCCUCGACCAGAUCAUGUAUCACUUGGACCUUGUGGAGGCUGAUUAUUUUGGUCUGCAGUUCAUGGACUCGGAGCAGGUUUCACACUGGCUUGACACAACCAAAUCCAUCAGGAAACAAAUUAGAACAGGCCCCCCAUUCACACUCUACUUCCGGGUGAAGUUUUACUCAUCGGAGCCCAAUAACCUUCGCGAGGAGUUUACCAGGUACCUGUUUGUGCUGCAGCUCAGGCAGGACAUCCUGUCGGGGAAGUUGAAAUGCCCAUAUGACAUCGCUGUGGAACUAGCUGCCCUCUGUCUGCAGAGUGAGCUGGGAGACUGCGACCCCAUGGAGCACUCCCCAGAGCUGGUGUCCGAGUUCCGCUUCAUCCCCAAGCAGACCGAAGCAAUGGAGGCCGCCAUUUUUCAGAAGUGGGUUGAAUGCAGGGGGAAGAUUCCCUCCCAGGCGGAGAUGUGCUUUCUGAACAAGUGCAAGUGGCUGGAGAUGUAUGGAGUGGACAUGCAUUUUGUGAAGGGCAGGGACGGGUGCGACUAUGCACUGGGCCUAACCCCAACCGGGAUACUUGUGUUCGAAGGGUCUGAAAAAAUUGGCCUGUUUUUCUGGCCUAAAAUCAUCAGGCUGGACUUCAAGAAGAACAGACUGACUCUGGUGGUGGUGGAGGACGACGACGAGGGCCGGGAGCAGGAGCACACCUUUGUGUUCCGGCUGGAGAACGCCCGCACAUGCAAGCACAUGUGGAAGUGUGCCGUGGAGAGCCACGCCUUCUUUCGUCUGCGGCAGCCCGCCCACAGCAAGCCGAGCCGCAGCGACUUCGUGCGCCUGGGCUCCCGCUUCCGCUUUAGUGGGAGGACAGAAUACCAGGCGACCCACAUUAGCCGGGGGAGGAGAGCCAGCACCUUCGAGAGGCGGCCCAGCAAGCGGUACCCGUCUCGAAGGCAGUCCAUGGUGAAAGCCUUGAAUCCGGCCAAAGCAACUCAUCUAAGCUCCCAGACGAGUCCUGACCCCACACUCUACCAGUACCAGCACAACAUCCCGGUGGCUCAGGAGCCCUGGCACCACCUGACGCAUGCCAAAUACGCCCAGCACCCUGCCCACACGCCCCCGCCCAGUUACCCUGUGGUGGGAGUCUCGCCUAACAAACCAGAGCUACAGCAGUACAGCAUGGAAGAGAACGAGGGCUCCCCAUACUCCUCCAAGGGCAUCAGGCGCUGCCCCCACCAUCAGCCCGGGUUCGACAGCGCUGAGAGCCUGUGCGCCAUACCGAAAUCGCACAUGUUAAGACCGGUGACGCAGUGCAAGCCGGAUGACCUGGAUGAUGAGCAGCUUAAGCAAACGGAGCUGGAGUCGGGCAGGUCGCCAGGCCCCUGGCCAUCACUGCACAUCAACAUAGAUAGUAAGAUGGAGGAAAAGCAGCUGUCGGAGAAGAGUCUGCACUCUCCUGCCUUGACGGCUGGCCUCCCAGAGCACCUCAAGUGCAACAUCCUCAAGGCGCAGAUGGACACUGCCUUCAGAGUCAUGAACGAGGGCGACCGCAGGGGCAGUUCCUCUGGCCACGAGCACAACGGCAGGUUUCCAUCGUCAUCCCAAGAUUCAGUCUCUUCCAGCCUGACAACCGAAAAGCCGCCCGUCAGAUCGGAACGGAGAAAGAGACUCGUCAGGCAGUACAGUUUUAAUCACAGUGACGAAGACGACCUCCCAGCAGCCCUUGCUGCCAUUUCCUCCCAGAGCAGCGCUGGAAAGACCACCUCUGAAAGCUCACUGGACAUCCAGAUCCAGCCACCCAUAUACCCCAAGGCCGAUCUCGCACUGUUAGAACUGGGGGUGCAGUGCUGUCACCAUCUGGUGUCUCCUUCCAAGCCUCCACCAUUCUCACAAGGGCCUGUUCCUCAGCUGGUACCCUGUGGUACCACUCAACCCGACAGUGCUGAAGCCCUGAGGAUGGACCUUGACCGGGAGAAGCUGUUAAGGAGACUCUUGAUGACUGAACUGUGAAAGGGAGCAGACAGCAGCCUUCAGUGUGCCUUUCAUCCUCCCUGUUUCCCAGGGAGACGCUUUACACUCCGCUUACCCCGACGCUAUGGAAACAAUCUGAAUCCGAACUGUGACGCCUCUGAGCUGGCGUCGGCCAGAAAGGCGACUCGGAGGUUACCAGGACUCGUAUUUCAUUGGCUACGAGUUUGCGUUUUAUUGCUACGAUAAGAUUCCGUCCUAUCGGAUUUGAUAUUUUUAAUGACAUACUGCAAAUGGUGAGCAGCUCAUUCUUUUUUGGCUGGGGUGAAACACGACAUUCCCCAGGUUCGCUCAGGAGGUGCUGGCCAGAUUCUUGGAGGAUCCAGAUGACUUCUGAAGCGGAGAAGUAUGGUAACUCCCAGCUGUUCAGUCUUAUGUAUGUAAUGGUUAGUGUUUUUAUUACUUUGAUGUUAUAAGAUAUGAAUUUAUCAUUGCUUUCAACACUGAUGCACAUUCACCAGGUCAUUAGGGUACAUCCCUAUGACAUGUACGAGAGCCCCUACAUCCUUACUGAGCUCGUAUUAACACUGAUGACUGGAUGCCCCCCCUCCCCCCUCCCAGGCAACACUUUUGUAAUCAUUAAGUCAGAAAUAUCCCAUAUUUUCCUAAACUGGGUAAUAUGACAAAGUUUACAUAUUUGCAGAAACAAAUGACUAAUCAUAUGCCACCAUCUUACAUCAUCAUUUAUCUUUUUAAAUAUUGAAUACAUAACUGAUAGCAAAUCUUAAUUUAGCAGGUAUAAAAUGAAAAAAACAAACCUAAAUUUGUCCCAUUGCAUUAAGAGGCAGCCCCAUUUCUGUGGGAUUGAUCCCUAACCCUGGCUCUCUGUAUGUGGACCCUGCAAGUUCUCCCCACAUGUCCAGUCCAUGACCCAGACCUAGAAUGACCUAGAUCUAACCUAGACCUGAGGAAGAGGUCUUCUCGAUGUCAUCAGGGUCAAAGCCUAAAUGCGAGUUCAUCAAAAGAGCCAUCAGAAAAGCCAUUGAAAAGUAUCUAACACUUAAGCUUUAAUAUCCUGUACACAGGAUAUCAACACACACUGCAGUUGUCCAGUGAGGUGAUUUAAGGGCUGUACUAAUGUGUCUGCAUCAUGUGUCCACUGUAUGACCCUGUAUCUUCAAAGCAUGACCGCACAGGUUGGUGUUCAAUCCUGCGAAAGUGUUACACCAGUCACACGUCCAUCCUGGAGUUACGUGUCCAGUCCUGGCAUCACUCGUGCUGUCCAGGGGCCACAGCAAAUCAUGUACACUUCACCCUUAGGGCCCCCACCCAUGUGAAGCCCCCACCCCCCCCCCCCGCAGUUUCUGUUCCUGAUCUGCAUGUGAUCUGCAACAUCACGCUAGAACUGUCCUCAUUUGCAUCCUCCAGUGCUCCAUAAGUUAGAAACAUAAACCAGAUUUAACUAAUUUAUUUCUUUUUUUUUGGUUGUUGUUUUUUACACCGGUCAACUGUACUGAUGUUAUACUGCAAAGCCACGUCAAGCUGUACACAACACAAUGACACAACACACAGUGUAACAUCCUGCAGUAUAAGUUCUACCAAUCAGCCAGAAUCCGGAGAAUGUAAUUAAAUUUCACUGGACAAGAUUAAGUAAAUACAACAUCACUGUUAUAUAUUUGUAUAAAUACAUUGUAUGUGUUGUGUAACAGCUAUAUGCAAAAAAAAUACAAAUUAUUAUUAUUAUUAUUUA